AUGUUGGCCCAUGCAUUGCGACUACUGUUCUGCGCUCUAUGUGCUGAGCUUUUGAGUGGAGCAGCCGAGGAUCCAAUGUUCAUGUACAUCGACGAGCCGGCCCGGCUACGCUACACCUACCAAAUACAGCCCUCGACGAGUGUCGGCGCGAAAAUGCCAAACUUUCCACGACGAAAAAUCGAAAUGGAAUACGCGUAUCCAUCGCAUGGCUGCGAGGCUUUACGCAACGUCGAUUUGACAGAUAAAGUCGUGCUUUUCGAACGAGGAGAAUGCUCUUUCGUCGAUAAAGUGCUGAACGCGCAGGAGGCGGGUGCUUAUUUUGCUCUGGUGACAGAUUCGAAGAAUGGUGGUGAAGAGGUCGUUGAUAUGAUCAGCGAUACUACCAACCGAAGGGCAGACAUCCCAGCUGCUUAUAUCAAUGGAGAAAGCGGACGCCGAAUCCGGGACUACUUGUUGUAUGGCGGCGGCGAAUUGGGCGGUUACCUGCUCGUGACGAUCCCUCUGAACCACACGAACACGUUGUUGAGGGAACUAUUGAAAAGCUAUUAUCCGCCCGAAAAUUCAGCCGGGUUGACGGAAUGUGAAGUUUGCGGAACCAUUUUUGAAGUGAUCAAGAAUAUGAUACAUCAAGGGCAGACGGAGGAUGAUGUUUUUAGUUUUGUAAGAAAAGCCUGCACCUUGCUUGAUAUUCCGAUGCCACACGUUUGCGACCACAUUAUACGGAUUUUUGGGGGCGAGCUGGUCUUUGUGCUGAAUCAUACUACCUAUACCCCGGAAGAUAUGUGCGAUACGUUUAUCGCGGGCUGCGCGCCGGGCGGAAGCGCCGAGAAUGCGCUCUGGGGUUUCCAGAUCCCUUCUGACAAGCCGACUGUGAAGCCGUGGCCAACGGUUCCGACGGGCAAACCCACACUUCGUGUCCUUCACCUCUCCGACAUUCACAUCGACCUGAACUACACGACCGGUUCGGAAGCCGACUGUACGUACGAGUGGUUUUCCCUCUGCUGCCGCACUGAUUUGGGAGACACCGCCGGGCAGAAGAAAGACGUCAAGCUCCCUUCCGGCGAAUGGGGGAUGGCCGCGCAUUGUGACAUUCCGCAGCGCACCUUUGAGCACGCCAUCAGGCACAUUGCGGCGACGGAGAAAAAUCUCGACUAUAUCAUCAUUACCGGCGACCUGGAGGCGCACGACAUGUGGGAGUACUCGCAAAACUAUACGAAAUAUCGUGUAAACUACGUCAACACCUUCCUCAAGCAACAAUUUGGCGAUGUUCCGAUCUACAAUUCCAUCGGAAACCACGAAGGUGUACCCGGGGAUGCAAUGGCCUCCCACAACAUGGUUGAGUACGAUCAGAGGGGCCCGGCCUGGCUAUACUCGACGCUGGCGGAUUCUUGGAGAACCUGGCUGCCUGAAGAUACGAUGGUCGAUAUUCGAUAUCGAGCCAGCUACGCCGUUCGCCCAUAUCCAGGGCUGAAGCUGAUCUCGAUCAACACCAUCUACUGUUCCCAUUUUAAUUUCUAUGUCUACCUUAACAUCACUGACCCAGACGAUACGCUUCAAUGGCUAUCAAAUCACUUGUUGGAAUCCGAGAAAAAGGGGGAGAAGGUACACCUCAUCAGCCAUAUUCCAACCGGUUCGGGGUAUUGUCUACGAGGAUGGGCCCAUAAUUUUUAUGACUUGGUUAACCGGUUUGAAAACACGAUCGCCGGCCAAUUCUACGGUCACACGCAUCAGGAUCAUUUUCAGGUCUAUUUCGAUCGUGGAGACCCGACCGGUCGAGUUACUCACGUCAACAUGGUAGCACCAUCUCUUACAACCUUCGCGUAUAACAACCCUGGCUACCGUAUCUAUACCAUUGACGGGAAUUACAAGGGCAGCAGCUUUGCCUACUAUACCAAUUUAACGGAGGCAAAUGCAAGGGGAGAACCUGAAUGGAAGUUGGCUUACAAAAUGAAGGAAGCCUAUAAUAUGCCCGAUUUAUCGCCUGCUUCAUUUAAUGCCGUAAUCGACCAAAUGUUUACGAAUGAAACGCUGUUCAGGGAUUAUUAUAUUUACUACCACCGUAACGACCAAUACAAAAUGUCGUGCAUCAAGGAGGCGAGCUGCCGGAAGACCUACGCUUGCGCGUGCAAGACGGCUAGAAGCUAUGAUGAGAAGCAUUUUUGCCCAAAU